AUGUCUUCACUGAUUGAAAACACGGGGGGCUACGGAGGCUUUUAUGCUUCGCUAUCAAGUAUGGAACGAUUGCUGUAUCCAACAAGCACCGUCUCAUCUUUUCUCGAAGAAAGUAGUCGAAUGCCCCCAGCCUUGUUUAUCCUGCACAAAAUCUACAAAUGUCGCAAAACCCUUGGAAUGCCCCAUCAACAUCUUGAAGACGACGUUGAGAUACUCCGUCAGUCGGCCAUUUGGUCCGAAUCUGAAGACACCCUACCUGCUAUCCUAGCAAACCUGGUUGAUACAUCCUCUGAUCUCGGACCUAUUGACUUUUGGAAGGUCACGACAAUCCAGUAUGAAUCUAUUCUUGGGUUCUUGGUCGGUGGCAACCGUUGGUUUAUCCCUCCAUCUAUGGCUCAUACUGUGAGACAGAAGCUUCAACUCGGGACUGGAUAUGUUCGCGAACGUUAUCAACCCAAUACUUCGGCCCAGCCAGAGCUAUGGCUAACCCCUGGCCCUGGCCUGGUCAAGCCUCAGGCUCUACCAAUGCGACCUCUGUCCACUAGACUGCCUGGCCAGGUCAAUUUGGUGCAGAAUACUCAGGCUUCACCAAUGCAAUCUCAGCCUCAGCAGCUCCUAAAGCCAAAUAUCCAGGCUCCACCAAUGCAACGUCAGUCUUAUGCUGGUGUUUCUGACUGGAUGAAGAACAACAGUCCGAACCAGUCCCCUGACCGUCAGUUCUCCCCGGAAAUGAUUUACCCCCCCACCUCUUCCUCCUCUGAUUCGUGA